AUGCACACCUUCAGAGCUCCUCAGGAAGUACGAAAUGUCGUCAAAUGCGUCAUUCUACAUAUUAACGACUUGGUCCAAAUACGUGACCGGAAAGGCCGGUGGAAACAUCAGUGGGAACUGCCACUUUCGCCCACCUGGGAGCAAGAUCAUCCCCAAUUCCACGAGUUUUACCAGGUAUACCUCAAAUGUUGUCACCCAGCUGUCCGCUCCCUGUAUGAACAUCAAGGCCUCCGUCUGGAGAUCACAAGCGACCCAAAGUGGCUUGUGACUACGGCCGGUCUCAAGGCAACUGGAAAUCAAGUGUUGGUUAUCAUGAAUGUUCAACUCUGUCAGUGCUACCGAGAACAUGCCAGCAGAGAGAAAUCAGCUCCGACCUUGCCACAGAAUGCAGUUGCUCCGGCAGGCUCUUAUUCCCUUCACUCUGCUCCUGCCAACGUCGAGGAACCAACCACUCGUGAUGGGGGUUUCUCCGUCGACUCGAACCAAAAUGACCCUGGGUUGCCAUCGACGACAUUGCAACAGUCGCCAGCCCCUUUUCCCAUCGAAAAACUUAUCGAACCACGGGUCGCGGCCAUUUACCAGCCUUAUGAUUUGCAGGACGGCGAUGUUCUUACGGUUCAUGGGUCGGAGGGCGUGACAUUGCAGAGCGGGAGUUUUGGUUCAAUGAUUGUUGAAUGCAAACUAGUGAAAAUCGCGGAGAAUCAAGGCGAUGAGAACGACCCGGCAUUGACGGCCUAA